CAAAGUCUGACCAUGGUUUCUCUUUCCAGGAACACAGACAACAUGAGCAUCUGGACCUCAGGUGCUGACAUCUUCCAAAGUCUUUGGGCGAUGUAUGUGUCUCCAAGAAGCUCUGGGUGGAUGGACUUGAUCCAACAUUUUGGAGUCUGCUGUGUUGUUGCUUCCAUUUCAGCAGGCCUCCUCGCCGUGGCCUUUCACUGGUUUCUGUCCUCGUUCUUAGUCUUUGCCAUCUCCUGGAUAGUCACAUGUGUUCUGCUGUGUGGCUCCAAGCAUGCACGGUGCUUCCUUCUGCUCUUUUUCCUGUCUUGUGGCCUGCGGGAAGGCAGAAAUGCUUUGAUGGCUGCUGGCAUGGCGAUAGUCAUCUUUGGACAUGUGGAAAAUAUUUUUCACAACUUUAAAGGUCUUCUGGACAGUAUGACUUGCAACCUAAGGGCCAAGAGUUUCUGUAUCCAUUUUCCACUUUUGAAAAAAUACAUUGAAGCCAUUCAGUGGAUGUAUGGCCUCACGACUCACCUGAGUCUAUUUGAUGACCUUGUUUCUUGGAACCAGACUCUGGCGGUCUCUCUUUCCAGUCCCACUGAAGCCCUGGAGGCACAGCUCAACGACACCAGGGGCAGGGUCCUGGGAGUCCUGUACCAGAUGGUGAAGGCCACCGAGGUGCUCUCUGCCCUGGGCCGGCAGCUCCUCGCCCUCACAGGCCUUCUGCUGCUCCUGCUUGGCACUGGACUCUUCAUGAAGCGGUUUUUGGACCCUUGUGGUUGGAAGUUCAAAAACAUCUACAUCACCAGACAAUUUGUUCAGUUUGAUGAAAGGGAGAGGCAUGGAGAGAGGCCCUGUGUCCUCCCGCUGACUAAGAAGGAAAGGAAGAAGUACGUUAUCAUCCCGUCUUUCUGGCUGACUCCUAAAGAAAGGAGAAAUCUGGGGCUGUUUUUCCUCCCCAUCCUAACGCAUCUCUGCAUCUGGGUGCUGUUUGCAGCCAUCGAUUAUCUGCUGUAUCGACUCAUUUUCUCAGUGAGCAAACAUUUCCAAAGCUUGCCAGGGCUCGAGGUUCACUUGACACUGCACAGAGAGGAACAAGGAACUCAAGACAUCAUCCACGAUUCUCCCUUCAACAUAUCUCUGUUUGAAUACAACUGUGUCCCUAAACCAAAGCUCUUUCUGUCUAAGACGUGGAUUCCUCUCAGUAUCAUUCUUGUGAUGCUAGUGACAUUAGGACUGUUGUCCUCUAUCCUGAUGCAACUUAAAAUCCUGGUGUUGGCAUCCUUCUACCCAAGCGUGGAGAGGAAGCGUAUCCAAUACCUACAUGUGAAACUACUGAAGAAACGAUCAAAGCAGCCAGUAGGAGAAGAAAGUCCAAAGCUGAGUCUAUACUUUACCAAGAUUCACUUUUGGCUUCCAGUCCUAAAAAUGAUUAGGAAAAAACAAAUGGAUAUCACAAAUGAAGACCAUUCCUGAUAGACCCAGAAUAGUUCCUCAGCCACGACACCCCAACAAUUUCCUUAGUUCUUCUGCCCAGCUACAGAGAACUUACAUCCUCUUGCUUGAUCCUUGGGGAUUUAGUUUGCAGGGCUAAACCAUUUUUCUCUCAUAAGGCCAAAGGGCUACGAGGUAAAUGUGAUGUCAUCUGCCUUCCAAACAAGGCACACAAUCUGGACUGUGUCUCAGUCUAACAGGACGACACCCAGGCCCCUCGAAGAUGAGUCUCAGCUAGAGUAUUCAAAGAUAAAAAAGAGAAUUAGGAAAAAUCAAGUAUCUAAUUUGGGUGUCCAAGGAGAACAUACAUGUAUAAUGCCAGUAAGAUGUCUGUAAACUCGGCGAUCCUUCUCUGUCCUUCUUAUUAUCUUUCAGAGUUAUUCUCUGCCCCACAGCUGUCCCACUCCCUCUGCCUCAUUAUUCAAUAAUUCUUUCUGAAACUCCCUCCCAGCAGCUCCUAAUCUCCCCUGACCACCAUCUUGGCUACUACCCAUGACUUUUCUGGGUCUCUUUAGAUUUUCCUCUUCUAGAAAAUCCUCAACCUGGUACUUAGG